AGUCUGUGUUCUCUUUUGUCUUCCGUUUUAUAAAACCUCUCUCUUUCCUAUCUCUCUCUCCUCACAAAACAUAUUCUCUCUCUCUCUCUCUUUUCUUUUCUUGAAUUUCUAAAAAGAAUCAGACAUGGCUCAAGAAGAGGCACAAAAGUCCGCUGAUGUUGUCACCGUCGCUACCACCGAUAAGGAGGUGACUGUUCCUGCUCCGGUGCCAGAGAAGGAGGUGACUGCUCCGGUUGCCUCCGCGGAGGAGAAGGCUGUACCGGAGAAGGAGGAGAAGGUGACCUCGGAGGAGGCGGAGGCGGAGAAAUCUGUUCCGGUGAAGGAGGAAGAGACAGUUGUAGCUGAGAAGGUGAUUGCUCCGUCCCCUGAGGAGCUUGAGAAGAAGGCACUUGAGGAGUUCAAGGAGCUCGUUAGGGAGGCUCUGAACAAACGAGAGUUCACUCCUCCGCCGCCCCCGGUGAAGGCGGAGAAAACAGAGGAGAAGAAACCAGCGGAGGAGGAAACUAAAGGAGAAGAGAAAACAGAGGAAGCCGUUAAGAUCGAGGAGAAAUCAUCUGAUGACGUGGCUACAGAAGAGACCAAGCCGGAGGAAAAAUCAUCUGAUGACGUGGCACCUCCUGAGACCAAAUCAGAGGAGAAAGCAGCUGUGCCGGCCACAGAGAAAGCCUCUGGUGCUGAAGAAGACGGAACCAAGACCGUGGAAGCGAUCGAAGAGUCCAUCGUCUCCGUCACUCCACCCGAGGAAACCACCGUUGUCGCGGAGCCGGAGCCUGUGGAGCCAGAAGAAGUCUCCAUCUACGGAGUUCCACUCCUACAAGACGAGAGAUCCGACACAAUCCUCCUCAAGUUCCUCCGUGCGAGAGACUUCAAGGUCAAGGAAGCCUUAACCAUGCUGAAAAACACCGUCCAGUGGCGUAAAGAUAACAAAAUCGACGACCUCCUCGAAUCCGAAUCCGGAGAAGAGGCCAGCGAGUUCGAGAAGAUGGUGUUCGCUCACGGGGUCGACAAGGAAGGCCACGUCGUGAUCUACAGCUCAUACGGCGAGUUCCAGAACAAGGAGCUUUUCUCCGACAAGGAGAAGCUCAACAAGUUCCUCAACUGGAGGAUUCAGCUGCAAGAGAAGUGCGUGAGGGCUCUUGACUUCAGCAGCCCUGAUGCUAAGUCUUCGUUUGUGUUCGUCAGCGACUUCAGGAACGCUCCUGGACUCGGCAAGAGAGCAUUGUGGCAGUUCAUCAGACGCGCCGUUAAGCAGUUCGAGGACAAUUAUCCAGAGUUCGCCACUAGAGAGUUGUUCAUCAAUGUUCCAUGGUGGUACAUUCCUUACUACAAAACAUUCGGAUCUAUCAUCACAUCGCCAAGGACUAGGAGCAAGAUGGUACUUGCUGGUCCAGCCAAAUCUGCUGAUACAAUAUUCAAAUACAUAGCUCCUGAACAAGUCCCUGUUAAAUAUGGUGGACUUAGCGAUGAUAUUGGAGGCACCGUAACCGACGCCAUCGUUAAACCAGCAGCCAAAUACACAAUCGAAUUGCCUGCUUCUGAGGCUUGCACGCUCUCAUGGGAGCUUAGGGUUUUGGGUGCAGAUGUGACUUAUGGAGCACAGUUUGAGCCGACCGCAGAGGGAAGCUAUGAUGUGAUCGUCUCUAAGAACCGAAAGAUUGGUUUAACUGACGAACCGGUGAUAACUGGUUCUUUUAAGGUUGGUGAACCGGGAAAGAUUGUGAUCACAAUCGAUAACCAGACUUCCAAGAAAAAGAAAGUGCUCUACCGGUUCAAAUCUCAACCAAGGUCUGAUAUUUGAAAAUGUGUUACCAUACUUUACUUGUCAGAACCCAAAUCAAAGGAAGAAGAAUAAUGGUUAUUUUUGUUAUUUGUGGGAACAAAUCUUUAAUUUAUUUGAUUUACUUUGUUAUUUAAUAUGUAAUUUUGAAUGAUCAUAAGGUGGUUUUGUGUUUUGCUUUGUUUAUUGGGGGAUUAUGUGUGUGUGUGGUUCUAUGUGAUAAAUAUUUAAAAGAAAAAACACUUUUUCUUCA